AUGUCGCUGACUGCCGCCCAGACGCUGUUCCCGAACAUCGAAUGGUGCAAGCAGGUCCUGGAUUGGAAGACGGGAGUGGAGGGCGGCAAGUACGGGCCAAUGGGGGAGGACCUUUUCGCUCAGAGCUGCUUGGACGCCAUGGGUGUGCGCCGCGGCGGGGCGUUCGACACUACUCUGGACGCGGCCUGCGAGGCGGAUCGCCCAGAGGACCAGAAGAAGAACAAGAAAUGGAGGCCUGAUUGCACGGAGAGGAAGACCGCAGCAUAUCAUCCCAUGAUGAAGGUGGGUGAUUACGUGAAGUGCUUCGAGAAGACGGUGGAGGCAUUCGGGUACUGA